UCUUCAAUUAGAGAGUCUGUUGGAAAAUUACUGCCUGUAUAUACCAUGACUGCGCACCUGGGGCGGUGCUGGAGCAGUAUAAAAGCCAGAGCAAAUAGCCAGUCUUUCAUCCACUUCUUUCACCUCUUUCUCCUUGAGGAUCAGGUACACCUCCGGACCAAAGACAUGUCCUGCUACAACCAGUGCCUGCCCUGCCAGCCCUGCGGCCCAACCCCGCUGGCCAACAGCUGCAAUGAGCCCUGUGUCAGGCAGUGCCAGGACUCCACCGUCGUCAUUGAGCCCCCUGCUGUGGUGGUGACCCUGCCCGGCCCCAUCCUCAGCUCCUUCCCACAGAACACCGCCGUGGGAUCCUCCACCUCCGCUGCCGUUGGCAGCAUCCUCAGCUCUGAGGGAGUGCCCAUCUCCUCCGGGGGCUUUGGCCUCUCCGGCUUCGGCAGCCGCUACUGCGGCAGGAGGUGCCUCCCCUGCUAAAGCUGCUGGCGAUGGCCCUGGGCAAGGCCACCAGGGACCCAGGAGAUGGUACCGCACUGGGGACGGAGCAUCGGCUUGUUGCUUUCAGAGAGGCUGAGCAACCCCAGCACCCCUUGCAAAAGGACAGGGCCAGCCUCAGCUCUGAGAAAGCACAGCCCUUGCCUGCCUUUCCCCUCUUCCGCUCUCUCCUUUCCCUCCCGUCUCCUUGUUCUCUUGUGCUGCCCUGGGCUGUGAGCCCCACAAAGCCAGCCUAGGGAAGAGCUGCUGACCCUCCAGCCUCUGUGGGGCAGGCAGAUGGACACCUGGAAGGAUUUACGCCGCAGCCAUGGGGUGCAGACUCCUUUAUUCCCCUGGUGUGCCCUGCACUGAGGCCUCCACUCAGAUCAACCUCAUAUCCCUCUUUUGACUCAUUAAAGUUCUGCUGCAUCCCA